CCGAAUCACCCUCGACAGCUCGCAGGUUGAAAGGCGUUAUCCCCGUGCCUCGUCGAGACCCGUCUAGCUUACGGUCUUGUUGUCCAUCGUUGCACCGACCAAGCACCGACGCACAUUGGCAUGCUAUCUUGGUAUCAUGUCCAUUCACCCUAAACGUGUUGUGAUUUCAAAACAUAGCGCGGAAGCAUUAUUAGAGGGUCUAACAGUAUCCAUGCGUCUGCUUUUUGCAUAUACUAAUGACGUCGACGCGGCUGCAGCUCUUCUUGUCGGACUCUGUUAAACCCAAAUUAAACUUGGAAGUAGAUGAAUUGACACAUUCUCAACUGCUGAUUGGCUGGAUAUCAACCGCAAAUAGGGGCUCAAUUCGAACAUGCUUUCUAUGGCAAGGCUUAGCGGUCGUUGCGAAAACACGCCUCUUCGUUCAGCUGUCGUUGAGGUCGACUUUCGGUUAUGACAUGACUGUCUUCGAUUACGAUCUCUUUCAUGUGCCAACGUUGCUCGGGUUGCACUAACCCUGCAGUAUAAGUGCUCUUCACGUCUCCUUUCAACAACAAUAGCUAUGACCUCGAUCAACCCCAUCUCUAACCUCUCACAGGAGUUGAUUGACAUGUUUAUCGACCAUUUACACGAUGACGAAGCUUCACUCGCCUCUUGUUCUCUUGUAUGCAAGGACUGGAUGGACGCCAGUCGUCACCAUCUCUUCCGCCGAUUGACCUUCGUCGAUAAUCGUGCAGACAAGACCUUCCCUUCCCUUUUUCAUUUCCUCGAGCAGUCACCUCAUGUUGCACGACAUGUCCGGCAGUUACGCCUGGGAAGUGCUCCCGUCCGUCCUCGAGUCUUCCAAGAAGAUCACGAACGUGGCUGCAGUCACCUUGAGACGUCGGUAUUCUUGGCCAUCCUUUCCAAAGUCCCGAAUCUCUCUACUCUAACCAUAAACAACGUCACGCUUGGUCGUCGUUCACCAACCGAGACUCUUGAUCUGCCUACUGCUCGGCCCCAGUUGCAGCGCCUCGAGCUUGUCCGCGUCGUGCUUGUCGCACCAGAUGUAUUUGGGGUCUACCGUUAUGACGUGUUGGCACCCUUCUCGAAGGUCGAAGAGUUCUACACUGAUUGUGUGUUUAUUCCGGACGAUAUGUCUCCACGUGAUGUUCCCCUCGCUCCGGAUAUCAGCUUGCAGACUGAGGUUAACUCAGUGGAGGUACACGGUAGCUUCCUACAUCUCAUUCAACCGGCAAUGGCAUUACACAACCUCACAAGUCUCACUGUCGCGGCCCAAUACAGAGAACAACUUCGCGACUUCGGUGUUGUCGCUGUGGGCUCAGCGAGAACUCUGCAACGCGUUAUAAUUGAUUACCGUGCUGAUCCUGUACGUGAGGAAGGGGAUGGCGACCCUGUAGAACUUCAGCAUUGGGCCUCUCUGAAUCUUUCCCAAUGCAAAUGCCUCAAAGAUCUCACUCUUCGCUUCGAACUGUUAGGCUUCCCAGAUCCCAUCGCUGGGCCAUUACCCUGGACCGCCGCUCAGCAGAUCUUAUCUACCACUCCUCCAAACCUGACUUCGCUCACAUUUGAUAUCAUCGCUGGGGUGAAUGAAGGAGAAGAUCUAACCUGGGCGAUCGAGACUAUGGAUUGGAAUUGGAUGAGGCAGACAUUGUCCAGGUUUCGUUCGUUGCGUUAUAUCGUAUUCACCUUCAAGGACGAAGUUCAAUGGAGUCCGUACAAUUGGCAUCUAUAUCCUUUGGGCCCUAUGGCGGAGGUUGGGCGAGAGAUUAUUAAACAUGAAUUGGAGGAUUGGAAUACUCGUGGGGCUCUCAAAUUCGUGUAAGUUACCGGCACGCACCUGUUCAAUAUUUCUUGCCUCCUAUUUUGACUUGUAUCUGUACGAUGAUAAGCAGGAUGUAUUACACGAUACUCUCGAUACGGUUCUCUAUGCCAUAUAGAGUAUGUUUUAUGCCCAUUGAACGAUG